AUGUUCUGUUGGUUCAAUGAGUUUAUCUUCUCGGAUUUAGUUCGUGUGUAUGCUCACUCUCGGUUCAUGGUGUUGGGUGCGUUUGGUUUGUCCGGGAUAUUCCUUGAUUCUUAG